GGAAAAGGCAGAGCUCUGCUCUGAUAAGGUUUCCUGCAAAAUCUUUGGCAGUCAGUGAACACUCUGCAGUUCCAUGGUCUCUGAUCAUUUGAUUUCUGUGUUUAUCAGAAGUACCAGCCAACUUAAGACGAUAAGUUCGUACACCAGCUGCUACAAUGGCAAGCAUGCGAUUUCCUGCAUUGCUCUUUGUACUUUUCUACAGUGUGCUAUUGGCUAUAGCUGAUGAAGUGAUAAAAUUAGACAGGUUUCCUGAAUUUGUGGAUUACAAAAGAUGUCGGGAUAAGAUGCUUCAAAGAGUAAUAAAACCAGGAGGUCUGCUGCAAACAGAGCUCAACACCAAUGAAGAUUUUAAGUUGAUGUGGAAAGCUAAUGCAACAUGUGGGACGAAGAUUCCAGGUGUAACACAAGAGCACAUGGCUGCAUUGAAGAGCUAUGCAGAUGCUAAUGAAAAAUUUCAUAAAUCUUUCAACACACAACUUUAUAACAAGGGCACGAACAUCACAAUGUUCCAAGAUCAGUUUUCCUUCAAAUCUCUUCACUUCCUACUGACAGAUGGCAUGCAACUUUUAAGCAAUGAAACCAUGACAUGUCAAAAUGUGUAUUCUGGCACAGAUAAAAAGUACAAUAUAGCAGUUAAAGAUGUAAUCAGAUUUGGUAGUUUUCUUCCAGCAAAACUGUUGUUUAAUGUUGCAUUUGAGGAUGCAGUAGACAGCGAUGGGACCAUUUUUAAAAUCACUUCUUGUACUGUGGUCAGUCUUGAUGAAAGUGGGUGUGGGUCAGAGGAAAUCGAUCUGCUAAUAUCCCCCAAUGAAGCUUUUGAUGUUGAGGACAUCAGGAAAGCUGGCCCCAAAGGUGAAGAAAUUACAAUGGUCGUCUUAAAGCCAUUUGCUUCUCACAGGUCCUUUGACUGUAGCGACCUGUUCAGCUCGUCCACAUCUGAUGAAUCCUCUUCUAAAUUUCUGAUGACUGUCUUUUUGAUGGUGUGCAUUUACACACUGGCUCUGUAAAUAUAUAAAUAAUUCUGUAUUGUCUUGAAGAUUCCUAAAAAUUAAAACCAUCAUUAAUUUUCUUUAAAAAAUACCCAGUCUUCCUUUGUGUUUGAAAAUAAGAUAAUUUUUAAUACCA